AUGGAACCUGCACUGACCAGCAAGAAUCCCAUUAGUUGUCUGUCUGUGAAUACGUCUGCAACAGCGAUGAAAGAUACAGACUCAAAACGAAGUGAUGAAGGCCUACAAAGCAACCUGAAACUGGAAGAGCCGACCUCCAGGCGCAAGCCAGCCUCGUUCUGGCUCAUUUUCGCCGCACUCAUCAUCUCCGUAUUCGUGGUCGUGCUUGAGGCUACGUCUGUUGGAACUAUUCUUCCAACAGUUGCAAGCGACUUAAGGAUUUCUCAGUUUACCUGGAUUGGUUCGGCAUAUCAAUUAGCAUCUACUGCAUGGCUUCCCCUGAGUGGUGGGCUAGCUCAGAUUUUCGGCCGGCGGCCCGUCAUGCUCGCCUCUCUGACCUUGUUUGCUAUUGGAAGUGCUGUCUCUGGUGCAUCCAACGGAGAAGCUAUGAUAUUCACGGGACGAACCAUACAAGGCCUCGGGGCUGGUGGCGUAUACACGCUUAGUUCAAUCAUCCUCUCUGACUUGGUUCCACUCCGUGAGCGUGGUAUCUACAACGCAAUGCUAGGCAUCGCGUGGAGCACUGCAUCCGGACUCGGACCAAUAGUAGGAGGCGCUUUCGCGCAGAGCGGAAAUUGGCGAUGGUUGUUCUAUAUGACCAUUCCAUGUGCGGGUUUGUCUGCAGCGCUCGUGUUGAUAUUCGUCAAGCUACCUACCCCGCACGGGGACUUGCGUUCAAAAUUUAAGCGCAUUGAUUGGAUCGGUAAUGCGAUCGUGAUGGCUAGUGCCACGUCUAUUGUCAUUGGCUUGACCUGGGGUGGAGUUGAAUACCCGUGGAAAUCUAUAAGAGUAAUUGCGCCUCUGUGUAUCGGGUUCGUUGGUUUGGGUAUAUUUUGGCUGUACGAAGGCCUCUUCGCCAAGCAUCCUCUUGUCCCAUUCUAUCUCACCCGAAACCGGACCAGCCUUAGCGGCUACGUGCAGACCACUUUGGUAUCCAUCUGCCUCAUCGGCCUUUCUUAUUACUUCCCAGUGUACUUCCAAGCUUGCAAGCUUGCCUCCCCAACAUCCUCUGGCGUGGACAUGCUCUGUGGGGCUCUUGUAAUUGCACCAAUGAGCAUCGUAUCUGGAGGCAUGAUCAUGCGAACAAAACGCUAUCGGCCGCCUAUUUGGGCUGGAUGGGCCUUGUUGACCAUUGGUUUUGGCUUAUUUACAACGUUUCGCGCAGACUCACGAGUAGGCUUGUGGAUUGGAUAUCAGGUAAUCAUAGGCACUGGCUUCGGGUUCACCUACAGCUCUGCAUAUUUCCCCGUGCUUGCGCCGCUCCCCAUCUCUGCAAAUGCGCCAGCAUUGGCACUUUAUGUGUUUUUCCGCACAUUCGGCCAGAUCUGGGGCGUUACUGUAGGCGGAGCGAUAUUACAAAAUGGACUCGUAAAUCGCUUGCCCGCCGCAUUUUAUGCACAAUUCCCGAAAGGCACAAAUAUUGCCUACUCUGCCAUUCCCCAUAUCCGCGACUUGUCAGAGCCGCUUCGAGGGGAGGUCCAAACGGCAUUUGCAGACAGUCUUGCAGUCGUCUGGCGAGUGUACCUCAUAAUCAGUGCGGUCGCUUUCGUGGCGAGUCUACUCAUGCGCGGGUUACCUUUACACACCGAGACAGACAAGGAUUGGGAUGCAGCCGCCCCAAAAGGUAGUCAGGGUGCAUAG